AUGGAGGGGCAGGAUGAGGCAUUGAGGUGUUUGCGUCUCUGGCGUCAUUGCCUCAUCCUCUUUGACAUCAAAGCGGAGGUGUGCUGUAUGCUCUCCAUGUUGAAGAGGGUGUCAUGGGAGAGUGACCGCUGGAGAAGCAGGUCCAGCCCCGGGACAACGUGGAGCCACCUGAGAGUGUCUUUCUCCCUGACCCUGUUUACCCGUGACUUGCCAAGUCUGAUGUCAGCGUGCCACACACAGGGUCCCCGUAGCUCUGUCAGAGACAUCAGUCUUGGCAGGGAAGCCGGUCGGCUGCUCCCUCUGACGCCGGGCUUGCUCAGACUGAGACGCUUUCUUUGCCCCGACAGAGCAGCUUCAGGCAGCCGCAGACAAUCUGACGAUCUGGGAGCAGGGGCCUUUUUCCAAAUGCCUGAUGUGGAGCAGGCCCACGCUGUUCGAGAGGCUCCAGUCAAGCCCGAAAACUCCCGGCCACGGCUGUCCCGCUGCCCGCCCGUCCACCGUGCUCCCGCUGCAGCCACACACACACACACCGAUUACUGCCCCGCCACUGCUCACGCACCGACCCAAUCAGUUAAAAGUUUAAGCCUAACCUUCUGCAGCGGCGGCAGCGCGUGA